AUAUUUUUUUUUAACUUUCAUGCUCUUUUAUUUUAUAAAUAAGAAUCUCCUUGUAUGUCAGCAGUGAUUCAAAAAGUAUUGAGAGUGUCAUAAAGUGGAUGUUGUCCUAAAUGUCGGAUUUUCUCCUCGUGUUCAUAUUGUCCUAUGUGUCGGAUUUUCUUCUUUUCUUCACGUUUUCUUUUACAUUUCUUUUUACUCCUUAGUUGUAGAAUUGGUCACAUGACUCCCAUCUUUGGAUGUCAUGUGACCACGAUGACAGGUGUUAUAAUUAAGACGGCACAUUAAUACACAGGUGAGGGCCCAGUCAGUAGAGGAAUAUCUAACGUGGUGUCGUGUUUGUUAGAUCGGCAGUUACACAAUCACAAGCAGGAUAAAACCUUUGUGUUUUUUUUAGACUUUGCAUAACUUGCAGGAAAUGGGCUGUUGGAGUUGUGAUCUGCUAUAACUAUGUUAGAUUUCGAGAGCCCAGCAAUCUCCAGUGGAAUCCCUAAUUUGUUAUCCUCGGUGAUGGGGGAUGUUUGCGGACCAGAAAAUAAUUUCUUGAACAGUGAGACAUUCCACACUCCGAGUUUUGAUGAUGACUUUGACAUCACAUCUCUGAAUCUCCCUCCAGUGUCUAACCUUCAGACUCCAAUCCAGACAAGUUACCCCCAGCAAUCUUACUCGAACUUUGUCAGCACCCAUUAUAAUGUCUAUCCCCAGCAACAGCCAAACCCAGUGUCCAGUGUCAACCCUGUGAACACCGCAACACUCACCCCAACAUUCCCCCCGCUGAACUUUGAUAUACCAGAUAUCUCCCUAACAAACAAUUUUGAUGGUUCUGUGAGUUCCCUUACAUCCAUGGCCAUGAUGACCAGCUCUAUAAACAAUCAGAAUUCACUGUAUCCACCAUCCUCUAUGUCCGUCACAGUUCCAACAAUGACAAACAAUGCUGAAAUUUCUAUCAUUAAAAUGGAGGACAACUUCAUGGAACCAAAGCAAGAAACAUCACCAUCCCAUAGUACUAAUUCAGUGUCUCCACCAAGGGAGAGCAGCGAGGAUAGUAGUGAUGAUUGUCUCCCUUUGGCACAGCUCAUGAAAAGGCAGGCGGCAGCAAAAUCAACAAUAGAAGAAAAGGAACCCUCUCCUCCCCCUCCUCCAGCUGCUGGAGUCACUAAAACCAGGAAAACACCCAAAAAGAAAAAGAAGAAGGACCCUAAUGAGCCCCAGAAGCCAGUCUCAGCGUAUGCCUUGUUCUUUCGGGAUACUCAAGCUGCAAUCAAGGGACAGAACCCCUCAGCCAGCUUCGGAGAAGUCUCGAAAAUCGUGGCCUCAAUGUGGGAUAGUUUAGAUCCAGAGACAAAAAAUGUGUAUAAAAAGAAGACUGAGAUGGCUAAGAAGGAGUAUCUGAAACAGCUGGCGGCCUACAGAGCUAGCCUGGUCUCUCAGUUACCAAUGGAUGACAAUAGUCCUUUUGGAAAUGUCAUGGACAAGACCCAGCUGACAAGAGGACCAUUAACUCAGACGUCCCCCAUGCAUGUAUCUCCGAAUGUGUCCCCACCCCAGGGGAUGUGGCCCAUGACUUCCAUGCCUAUGCAGAGUCAGUCACCUGCUGGUCUUCAUGGAAUGGCCCCCCAGGGGCAGUCUCCGGACAGACACGGAAUAUCAUCCCAAGGCCCAGGGAUCUCCCCCCUUCAUCAGAGACCUAACAUGUCACCUUCCAUGGGUGACAUGAUGAUGCGGCCCCCCUCCAAUAGCCCACCACAGAUGGGAUACAGCCCCCAGCACACACACAUCAGCCCCCAACAUAUUGUGCCAUCCCCUCCCCGCCCUGUUCAACAUAUUGCUCCAAGACAGCCUGUGCUGGGACAGCUAAUGGAGGAGGCCAACAUGUGUUUGGAUGGAGGAGACAUGAUGCAAUCAAUGUGCAUCAGGAACGGGUGUACCAACUCCACCAUAGACAGUCCAGGGUGGGACAAUGAGUACUGCUCAAACGAGUGUGUCGUCAAUCACUGCAGGGAUGUGUUUACAGCCUGGGUGUCAUCGAGACAGGGCCCCAACCAGUUCACAGUGAAGUGAUGUCAGCAGUCCAAGGGAGAGAACUGUUAGCAGUCCAAGGGAGAGAACUGUUAGCAGUCUAAUGGAGAAAACUGACUCUCAACAUUUACUUUCCUGUCUGAGCAGGACUUGACAUAAAUGGGUGUUUUAAACCUGCGAGUGAAAGACUUUUAUAUUGAGGUGGAUCUCUUAAAGCAAGUGGCCUUGUUACAAUUGAAAACGUGACUGUACAUUGGAAUGAGGACUACUGUUAUUCUAAGAGACACUUUUUACAGGUCAAUCAUGGGAUUAUUCUAAUUGAUAUGAUUUGCAUAUGAUUCCAUUUUGUAAUAUUUAUAGCAUACUUCGUGGUAGAAUUUGAAUGCUUGAUAUGCAACUACAAUGCUUUUAUAGCUAUGCCUGUUCAUGAUGUAAAUUAUGCACAGUGGUAAUAAUUAAUGACAAUUGUUAGGUUACAAGGUGUAUGUGUAGCAGUAUGUGAGAGGGAAGUUUUUGAAAGUCGUUUGAAUACAUUGUUGAGCUUUGCCAUUGGUUUUUGGUUGUUUUAUUUCCAGACAAGCUCGUAGGAUUCAUUUUGUGUCCUACUGUUAAACUAUGAUUAUCAUAUGUUGAGGAUGUGUCCUUUACCAUUCUUUUGUGAUACUUUGUAUCAUUAUGGACAGAAAAUAGUCCUCUCUUACCAGUUGUGUUGAAGAGUACAUUUUGUGGAAGUUUUAUCUGAAAUAACGAUAUUAGACUAGGCACCUACAGCUGUAGAAUAUUUUUAUUUGAAGAAAAAAAAAUUACAAAGAAAAAGUAGUUAAAAUAUCCUUGAAAUUUCAAAGAAAAAAAUUGGGAGAGUGACUAGUAAGUUGUGAGAACUUGCUCCCUAUCCUUUUAAUUUGAUCAAUAAGAUAUGUUCAAAACAAAAAUGAAAAAAAGAAGGUUUUUAGGGUUUCUUUGAAAAUCUAUGAAAAUAAAUAAAAUCUUUUGAAAUGAGAAAUACUGAGGAAUUUUUUUCUCUCUCUCUCAUAAGAAAUGUUUUCUCUUUCUCUCUCUCUCAUAAGAAAUGCUGUUGUAUUCUAUCAAUGAACAUUCAUAUGUUAGUUGAUUCACAUUUCAUGAUGAGAAAUAAAUGUAUAUAGGAUGAGAUGAUUCAUGUGUCGUGUCUAACUUGGAGAUAUAUACGUAUCUGCAGCACCAGAUGUUUCUACAGGAAAUGUUUUAUUUACUUCACACAUAUGUUAUCCUUUAAAGGACACGAAACAAAUGCUGAAUUUUUUUUUACUGAUAGCCAUAAGUCUGUAAAAAGCUGCUCUUGAUAAUAUAUACCUACUAUUACAUGUUCUGUUGUAUUCUCACUAAUUAUACACCCAUCUAUUAUGGUAUGGCGUUCAUGUCCGUCCAUCCGUCUGUUAGUUUAUUUGUGUCCAGUUCAUAAGUUAAAUACUACAAGGCCUAGAAUCAUCAAACUUUGUCAUCUACUGCAUCUCGUAUAGAAGGUGUGUCAGUGUUUAAAGUCAGAUCACUGUGACCUUUAAUUAAGGUUAUGAAAACUUUUAAAAAUGACUAAAUUAUUAAACAAAAAUUCAUGUAUUAAGGGAAGUAAUCCCUACAAAUUUAAGAAUAAUGCCGUAAGCUUGUUGAAAAAUGAAUAUAUGUCAAGAAAUACACUUUCCCCCAUAAAAUAUAGUACAUAACAAUUGAUGUAAUAAAUAUUUUGUGUCUAAUGAUAGUGUCAUAAAUUUGCAAUAUUGUUCACUGUACUUCAAAAUGCAAAGCCAUCACACAACAAUAAUUCCAUUUGUACCAUGGGAUUAAUGAUUUGAGCCAAAAUGCAUAACUGAAUUAAAUAUUGAUUAAUUGUGUAUUAUGUAAGAAAGCUGUAGAAAUGAUUUGUCUCUCCUUUAGUAUUGGGCAUUUCUGUGUACCACCCAAAAUUGUUAAAUGAAGUGAUAAUACCAUAUGAAGGAAAUCAUUUAAAUACAUGUAUUACAAAGAAAAUAUGUAUUAAAAAAAUCAUUUCUGUACGAAUUUUAACAAUUCAAGAGUCAAUUGCAAUGGACAUCAAGGUUCACUGCAGGGAAUAAUCUUGAAUGUUUCAGAGAUCCCCAAAUCUCCUUUGGUAAUAAUUACUAGUAGUUAGGGCUAAUGAACCGUGGAUAUCGUCCUUAAUAGCUCAAUGGUUAGCGCACCUGACUAGUAAUGCAGGGGUCCCGGGUUUGAUUCCUGGUCCAGCUACAAAUUAUUUCAUUACCUGUAUUACAUUGUUAGUGAGUAGUAGCAUAGAUUUACUUUGUAAGGAGUCAUGAUAUUUUCAAUCGAAUUAUUCUGUACUUAUAAAUCAGGCCAUAAAACAAAUAGGUAAAAUCUUUGUAACAAAGUCGACGUUAUUUUAUCCCAUGCACACUUGUUUUGUUUAUGAUGAAUAAACAUCUGACGGGCGUAUCGUGCAGUGCCUGUGCACUUCAUGUGUAAAAAUUGUGAAUUAUUGCAUUACAGUAUAUAAAAAACUUCUUAUCAUGUCACAUUUAAACUUUUUAAGAUGUAUGUACAUUUUUAAAGAUAAAUAAUGUAAUUAAAUUUCCAAAGAUCUGCA